AUGACUUCCACCAUCGGUAUCCCAAUCAAGCUCCUCAAUGAGGCAGAGGGCCACAUUGUUACCCUCGAAAUCACCUCCGGCCAGACCUACCCUGAAGACAACAUGAACGUCCAGCUCAAGGACAUCACCGUCACCGCCCGCGACGGCCGCGUCUCCCACCUCGACCAGGUCUACAUCCGGGGCUCCCAUGUCCGCUUCUUCAUCGUCCCCGACAUGCUGCGUAAUGCGCCCAUGUUCCGAAGCCGCAACGUCCGCGGGCGUGGUGUCGGUCUGGCCAGAGGUCGCGCCACUGUCAGCCGUGCCCGCGCCGGUGGCAGAGGCGGUCGGUAA